AUAUUCCUGCUGUAUUCAUCGGCCUACAAUCCAGUCAUCAGUUACUAUGCGGAAUACGACAAUGAACUGUCUGUUGGCAUAUUUUGGGACACACAAACCCUGGACUUUAUCUGCUGUCAGCUGCGUCUGACACUUUUACUCAACGUCACGAUAGAACUUCGAAAAUGGCAUCACAUCUGCCUGGCCUCUGAUCUAAAGACGCGACGCUAUAAGCUGGCCAUUGAUGCUCACUAUGAAGAAGGAGACCUCCCAGUGAUUGGUACAGAAAUGCUUCAUGUGGACAGAAAAGGUAGAUUUGUAAUAGGCCAAGAGUUGGACUCACUCGAAGGUGGCUUUAAUUAUCGUCAAUCCACACACGGCGAUAUAGCUCAGCUCCAGCUCUUCCCCACAGCACUUGAUCAGUCCCAUCUCGAGACUUAUGUUAAAUGUAACACUCCAAAAACGGACUUAAAGCCAAUAUUUUCUUUCGGUGAAGAAAUGGCUGAUUUUCAAAUACGUGGAUCUGUAGCAAAAUCAGAGGUUAAUCUUAAGGAGCUGUGCAAAGAAAAGCGAGAACUCUUCAUGCUGCCAGAGAAAAGGAUUUUUCGCAUCGCUCGUGAUGCUUGUAGGAGGAUGAAGGGUCUUCUAGCUGUUCCUCGAAAUGAGUCUGAGAACAGAGAGAUAUAUAAUGAAAUCAUUAGGUUUAAUGAACAGUGCGUUGAUGCAUAUGGCUCAAUCUACUGGAUAGGUGGAAAAGGAGAUGUUCAGACAGGUAAGUGGCUCCGCCUGGACGAUAGAGCCGAGUUCUCAUGGACCAACUUUGAAACUGGGUAUGGGAAAGUUUCGGAUUAUAGGAACUGCAUGAGUGCUGGGGGGAAGAGCUUUCCUUACAUGUGGUUUGCUACCAACUGCGAGUUCUAUGCUUGUCCACUAUGCAAUUUUUCUGAUGCUGCUUCCUUUACUGUUAGAGGACUUUGUAAAGAUACACUCAUUGACCAUUCAUUGUCAUUAUACGACUACAAAAACGACAAGCCACAAUUUGUUGGCCAGUUUUAUACAAGCAUAUACUGGGACAAUGAAACGAUGACAUGGACAAUAGGAAACCGUGCUGAAAAAAAUCUCUGGGGCGCCAUGGAGAUGACAACACAUGAUGAUUAUCCAGUUGGAGUAAAGACCUGGAACAUCACUGGGGAUAAAUGUGCGUCUAAUGUUGUAAAGAUGCUAAUCACAGCAUGUAGCUCCAGUGAGUACACGUGUGAUGACGGUAUGUGCAUUAAGAAAAAUCAGCGCUGCGACAUGAUCAUAGACUGUCCCGACAAUAGUGAUGAGGCCAACUGCAGCAUCAUUCAGAUCCCGUUUGGCUAUUCCACACAGCUACCUCCACCCAAACCCACAGGCUCGCCACUUCCCAUCAGAUUCUUCAUUGGCAUCAUUUCCGUUAGAGAAAUUAAUAUACUGGGCUUCAAAAUGGCCAUUGAUGUCACUCUACAACUUCGCUGGAGAGACAAGAGGCUGCUCAUGAAAAAUCUGCAGGAAAAUACAAUCGCAAACAAGGUACAGGAUCCAGAAAAUGUGUGGCAGCCAACCAUGCAGAUCGAAGAUGGAUCAACUAGUCUUGCCGAUGUGAUGCUCAGGUCCGAAGCAUUGAUGGUUGAAAGACAGAGCGCUCCAGCUCCUGAUGACGAAUCCAGGGUUCAUGAAGACGACCUUUACCUGGGCGCAGAGAACACGCUCUACUUGCACCAGGUCAACACCAUAGGCUUCACCUGCCAGUUCCAGCUGCAGAGGUAUCCGUUCGAUAAGCAGAUGUGUUCGCUCACCUUCAGACUCAUCGGCGUUUCCACAGAUUUCAUCGUCUUGAUGCAGGACGGUAUCGGCGUUGACUUCCUGGGGCAGAGAAUGCUCCUGGAAUACGAGGUGACGUUGGUCAACAUGACCUUCAUUAACAAUUCGAGGGACGACGUCGGUCAAAAGGUGGCGAUAGAGCUGAGGAAUCUCUACGGAUACUACAUCAGCAACACCUACAUCCCUACAACGCUUCUGGUCAUCAUCUGCUACCUCACCCUCUUCUUCGACCUCAGCGAUUUCACGAAUCGUGUGAUGGUGUCACUGACUUCGCUCCUGGUGUUGUCUUCCCUCUUCACCCAGACGAGUCAGAGCAUUCCAAGGACGGCUUAUCUCAAGCUCAUCGACUUGUGGUUCGUCGUGCUUAUCAUCAUCGUGUUCCUGUUCGUCCUCGUUUUAGUGGUCAUUGAAGGCCUCCGUCUUAGGGGUCAGAACCAAUCUAAGGUCCUUGCCCCCUUCAGACCGAAGUGGGUCACUUCGGAAAGUGUUUCGAAGCUGUCAAAUCAUCAUGUUUGGGGCACGGAUCCACAUUCUAUCAACGUUGCUACUCAAGUCAUAAUGCCGGUUCUCAUUGGGAUUUUCAUUGCUGUUUAUACAAGUGUCUGUUAUUCUGGGCUGUAG